AUGGCAGCACCAACCUCAAAGGAAGCACUCUUGGCUCUUCAGCUUCGUUGCCGAGGCGACGCAGCUCGUGAAUGUACACUUCGUGAUUGGAUCAAAUUUCUUGAAGGACGUAAAGAGACGAAUUUGCUACAAUUGCUUCCGAAAUCGCCAUCGGGUGAUGCGAUUGAUUGGCUUAAGUUGUACGAGGAAGUGGUGGCUCGUGGAGGAUUUACUAUCGUUUCUCAGCGUCAGCAAUGGGCCGAAAUUCUAGGACCAAAUGGAGUGAAUGUCAAAGGAUUGAUGCCGUAUCAAUUAGCAGCCCAUUAUGACCGCUAUUUACGGGCAUUUGAAGAGAAACAACUCUUUGGACGAGACAUCCCAAUGUUCGAAACGACGAUGGGUGUUCUAUCGAGUAAGCGCAUCGCGCAAGAAGACGACGAAGCAGCUCCUGUCGCUACAAUGCAAGAUCUUCAGGAUGCUCAGGGAGGUAUGGGUGGAACUCCAUUGCCACGAGCUAACAAGAGAUUUAAGGCUCAACGAGAACUUCAGACGCAUCUGGGAACGCUGCACAAUAUCGUGUUGGCUUUAGACUCAGAUCUACCUAAACAAGUAUUUUCAGCGCUGAAUUUGCUUACUGUCUUGUCUUAUGCACGAGGGGCAGAGGAUUAUACUGGACAACAAGGCGCUGUGGUUAAUGCUAACGCAACAGCGAAUGAGAAUGAAUUGCUGGUGGAUAAUGUACCGGGGCUUUUGGACGCUUUAUAUCGACAAUUAUCGACAUGUAAAUUACUACCCGAUGAAACAGAAAUGCAGCAACAGACGAUACGACGAAGAUUAUUAAAUCUAACUGUCGAUGACGGCGAACGGGAAUUGUUGGACUCAAAGGCACUGCUGGUACUGAAUAUCAUACGCAAUCUCGCAAUCAUUGGUGCAAAUGAAAAGCCAAUUGCUGCGCAUGACGAGAUGUGCGUUAGUCUCAUUUUGAUGCUACGCUUUGUGAAUUGUAAUGACGCACGAUUUGGUCACUCUCGAGUUGCCGUCGAAAUUGGCGAUUAUGUGCUUGACACUCUGUGUGCUAUUUCGAAACGCAUCGAUUUUCUUGCGCUUCACCCUCCAGCUACAUUGGAAGUGUGGCAUCCACAGUAUCAACUUAGCUCUCGGUUGUGGCAAAAAGAAUGCGUUCUGCCACUUGAGUGUCUAUUACGGGAACUUCGGCGAAUUCUUGUUGACCGCGAACUAAAGCAGCAGCGCCGUUCCAUUGUACUUCGUGCGUGCGAGCUUCUUACAAAUGUAUGUCGUGAUGUUGCUCUGAGAAGGUUUUUAGCGGCAAGCCAAGCUCUUCACGACCCAGAAUUGCUGAAUCGAAUAGUUGCGCUGCUCGGUUGCUCCCGACAAGAUUUCUUACCCCGUAGUUCGAAACAUCAGAACCAAAGACCACAAUCCAGCGAGCUGCCGACUGACGCCGACUAUGAUAUGGAUGCAGAAUCAGAUUUUGACUCUGACGAUGAGACAGAUGGGGAUGACAACAGUAGGUGGCCUGCACCGUGGGAGAAUGACGGACUGCCAUCGGGUGUUGGCAUGGGAGUUGUGUACGUAAGUCCGGAAGGCGUUCGCCACACGACCUCUUCUCAAAUUAGCGGAGCUCGUGCUGCUCAUUCUAUGGCAUGUGAAGUGGAGUUAGACCAUGAAAUGCGUGAUGCUGCACUGGAAGUGCUCUUUCGUCUCUCUGACUACGACGACACCACGAAACGUCGAAUGGCACAGCAUCCAACAUGCAUGCGGCGAUUAGCGGGUUCACUUCUCUCGUGUGUUGGAAGGCCAGAAGCUGCUCGCAUUACAGUAGCUACUCUGUGCAAUAUCUCGAUGAAUCGAGCCACUUUCCCGUACUUUUUAGCCAUUGAAAAGGAUUUGAUUCUUGUAGCCUGUUCCGACGUUAGUGUAUCUGAUAUUUUAAAUAAUGUCGUCGCCGACGUCUACGGUAUGCACUCAUUGUAA